AGCGCUGGAGCCCGCAGCCGGACGGCAGGUCCCGGGAGCGCAGAGCCGGUCCAGGUCCCGGCGCAGGGAUCUUGGGCAGGAUGGUUUCUGUCCUUCUCGAGGUGACCUGCAGCCUCCUUGCCUGGCUGGUUCUGUACAUCUGCUUCUGCCACUGGAGCAAGCACCGCUCCUACGAGUGGAGCUGCCGCUUGGUCACCCUGCUGCACGGGGUGAUUGUCACCUGCCUCUCUGGUUAUGUUACUCUGCUGGAUGGCCCCUGGCCUCUGACCCAUGCAGGUUCACCAAACACAUCUCUUCAGACCCAUGUGCUGUGCCUGACCUUGGGUUACUUCCUCUUUGACCUGGGCUGGUGCCUCUAUUUCCAGACGGAGGGGCACCUAAUGCUGUUUCAUCACAUGCUGAGCAUCAGCGGCAUGAUCCUGGUGCUGGCCUUGGGGAAGUCUGCUGCAGAAGUCACUGCCGUUGUCUUUGUCAAUGAGAUCACCAACCCUCUGCUCCAGACCCGCUGGUUUCUGCGUGAAGUGGGCUGCUACCACACUUUCCUGGGAGAGGUGGUGGAUUUCUUCUUCGUGCUCCUCUUCCUGGCGCUGCGGAUCGGAGGAGGAGCUCUGAUCUUGCACGCGAUGGUGGCAGCCCCUGAUCCCAGCUGGCUCCUCAAGGCUGGAGGCCUGGCCAUGUACGUUGUGUCUCUGGCCUUCAUGGUUGAAAUCUGCCGCUUUGCCAGGAGGAAAAUGUUGAAAAAGUAUCAUUCCUGGGCCAGCCUGAGGAGCGUGGGUGUGGGUGCAGCCCCGAAAAGUAACGGGCACUCGGCAGCUCGGUGAUGGCGUUGGCACGGCAAUCCCUUGGGCUAUGCUCCUGGCUACAGAAGCCUAUUCCUGUGAAAGGGACUCCUAAAAGCCAUGUGGCAUUGACUUUCUGGCACUGGCUGUGCUCUGCUACCCCUGGAGGAGAUGACUAAGUGCUAGGAACAUGGGAAAUCUGGCAGAAGAGGCAUCUGAGUGGAAAUCUGAGGAACCUGCCGUGCCUCCUGAUCUCUGAUCCCCUGCCUUCUCCAGCAAGUCUCAAGGAGGGUGGCAAUGCCAAACCUACUCAGACUGCACAGUCUGUGUGUUCUGUAAUUGCUUUGGAGGGAGAAUCAUUUCACAGAGUAGAGCCAGAAAAUCAAGUCUGAAGAAUCCCAUCUUCGUGCCAGUGAGGAGUGGGUAGAGCUGUGACCUAACAAAGAUGUACUGAGCCUCACUCUCCCUUAAUGCUGGAGUUGGACACCAUGCUUGAAGGAAAGCCUCUGAACAAGAUUGAAGCACUUGCAGAGGUACAGUGGAGUUAUCCUUUGCGUGUGUGAAGUGAUGGUGCUCGAGGUGAGGCAAUACUUUACCUCCUUGGUUUUAAUCACCUUAUUUAUUUAGCUUUUUCCAUUGCAUUGCAUUCAAGCAGACACUGAUUUUAGAGCAGCAGGACUUCACUGGGAUUGACUCAGGCCCUUGCAAGCAAGUCAGGAAUUAGACUUGGUCCACUAAACUCCAGAAGCCUUGGGUUGCUUUAGGAAGAAAAGCAAAACAUGCAUUUUGUGGGUGAGACACAAGCCCUCCCUCUCUGGGUGCUCUUUCUGUCUUGGCGCUGGCUCAUUUACAGGCCACUUAAGUUGAAUGCAUGGCUAACAACUCUAAGAAGUGGUUCUCUUCAGAGGAGAGAGUGAAGUUGAAGCAGAUGUCAGUGUUACAUCUGCUCAGCACCGGCAGGUCUUGGAGCAGUUCUCUCGUUUCCUUUACCUCUCAAAAUGAUGUCCUGACAUUUCUCCUUGGGUUUUAAUGUGAAUUUCCCUCUGUUUAAGGCUGCAGCUCAGCUUUACCCUCCAACAAGCCUUGCUUGCAGCUGAGAAGCAAAUGGCCUUGUAUUGCCCUCAGGCUUAGGAAGGCUGAUUUCCUUUUCCUUCUGCUUUCAACGACCUUGUUUAGAGGAGCUUCUUGGUGAAGCUGGAGAGCACCUUGAACAGCCUGUGUGACUCUUGCUCAAGUGAGGUUUCAUCCCUGCUGCAGAAGUGAAGGAGAGGAGGAGGAGGAAUACAUCAUCUGUGGGGAAGCAGCCUUGUCAUAGCUCCUCCAUGCCUCUUAUCUCACCAACUUUGGCACUGUUCAGAGCAGCUAUCUGCCUGAGCUGGGGGUUAGAACAAGGUGUCUGGAGAGAUUAAAAGGUGACAUGGGGUAACCUAACUUUUGACAUGCCCUCUGAAUGCCUCGCAGCUGUGAAUCCAGGCAAAUCAAGAGGCUAAUAUGUUGACUAAAACAGGAGCCUUGCACCUCCUGCAAGGUUGUCAGCAUGGCUCUGAGAGCCUGGCAUCAGGAGGUAUGCUCUCUUGACAGAGCUGCUGUGCUCUUCUGAAAGCUCUUGUGAGUGGUGAGACACAAAAUAAAGGUUUCUGGGUUUUUUAAAAUAAAAACAAUCAAAAUUGU